AUGUCUCUGCGUCGCGGGUCAAGCCGCGACCUUUCCUUUCAGUGGUUUGGAAAUCAGGCUGUUUUUCUUGGCCCAGCAGAACUUGCUCUGUAUACCACGGCCUGGAAUGACCAUCUCGACCAGGAGGCCUCAUCCACGUUGAUUGGGCGCUUCGAACAGACGUUUGGCCGCAUCUUGCUGGUGGCGACGUUGUUCAAGCGUUCGCAAAAGCGAAGCAUGCUAACCAUUGCCAAUUGGAAGCGGCGGACAGUCAUCAUCACGGAAACCUGCCUGCUCUACGCUUCAGGCAAUCCCCUGUUGGAAUCCGACGCUAAAAUUCGUGGGCAAGUGGCUUUGGACGCCGUGAUUGAGGUCUCGGCCGUUCCUCCGACCGUCUUUCAUCAAGACUGCAUUGUCCUUGUUCGCCACGAGCACGAUCUUCACAUCGACUGCGAGGGGCUCUCACCCAGCAUCUUCAUCACCGUGCUGACGCGGGCGCAAGGAAAUCAUGCCGCCACGGUGGCGCGUGUGAUUGACAACUACAUCCCUUUUCGUUACGAGGCUUGCAACCCGCGUCCCGCCUCCGAGCUCUCUGUGGUGCAAGCCACCCGCGAACACCUAGGCGCCGAAGCAGGCUUUUACGUGCUUGUUGAUUUGUGCUAUCUCCACAACGUCGAUGACUGGCUGCAAAAGGCCGCCGACGUUACGCGUCUCCUUGCCACCUGCCGCGAAAAGGUGUCUGUGACCAACGUUCCCAACUGGCUCGUCCUUGUGGAGCCCAACCAGGUGGCCGCACUUGAUCCACUCUUCCUAAUUCACGCUGCAGAUACCGAAGACGUUUUGUCAAACUUGGCCAAUCGCUCCGAGCUGCGCGAUUACUUUAUCGAGGCCAUUGCCCGGCGUCAUCUCGGCAAUCUGGACUCAUGGCAGGAGACCUCGACUGGCUCAACGGUCCGCCUCUGGACCUGGGUGGACUAUUUUGGGCUUUGCGGCAUGAGCGAGCGGUCUGAUGAUCCCUAUCGAGCGCUCGAAUUAUCUGGAUUGGCCACCGCCCACAAUGCCAGCACGGAUGAUUGCAUCAAUCUCCUCAUCAGCAGCCAUCAGGUGGAUCCGUGCCCAGGGCUGCUGAAGCUCAACUAUCGCGAAGACUUCAGCCUUCGUCAUCAAGUAGUAGUGCUGGCGCUACGUCAACUACCCGAUGCUGAUCCUGUGCUGGACCCCCUCGCGCGUCCGGCUCUGACCUGGCAAACGCGCGCCGAGAGUUUUGAGUGCGAGCGUACUUGGUUGCACCGCGUGUUCAGGCGUUGGCAAGACGCGUUGGGGUUUGACGACAGCGUUGAAGAGGAACUGCUGCCUUUUUUUCGAGAACAGCUCGCGCCUUCGGAAAUGCUCUCCGGUACCUUGCUCGGACUUCUUUCGGCCGGCUUUACCCAAGUGGCCCUGCGCGAAGAGCAUGCCUGCUUAGUCCGGUGUGUGCAGCGGAUGGUGCGCCACGCGUGGGGUCGUGCUCAAGCACGGUUUGGUGAGGACAAGGGCGCCGUGGAUACGGAGGCCCUCAGCGAUGUACUCGACACUGAGAGCGGAGCGCUUCUAGACAUGGCAGUGAUGGCACUGUGCGGUGCGACCACGGCCCCGGAGCUGCCUCAAAACCUAUGCCAGAGCCUGGUUCGAUUGGCCUGGUUGAUUGCUUUGGACGCGGCUCAGGACGCGCAGGACCAUGCGCGGUUGUUGCUGUUGGCACUCGCGCUGGUCGAGGUCCGUCUUUCAGCGCGCACGCAUGCUUGGGCUGCAUAUCUUGAUCGGUGGGCACAGGACGCUACCAUUCUCGACUUUCUGGCGGCGCUGCUCGAAGCACACAAUCUUCCAGCAUUGCACCUACCCUGCCACGAGUUUCCCGCCACCACCCGCUUGCCUGAUGACACGGUGGGCAUGGCAGUCCGAGACCUGGUGAUUAUGCUCAACGGCCAACUGCCCGUACCUGAGGUGGUGCCCGAACUGGACGUGGCACUGGGUCCCCCGGUCGACUGGCAUCGUUGCGCCCUCGUCUUUGGGGCGGCAGUUACCGAGGACGACGGCGAGAGUUUUGGCUUUGAGGCUGCCGAAGCUGAGGUUGACAUCAUGGCGACCGCAUCUGGUCCAGCGGCGCCGGUCAGUGCAUCCUCCCCAGAAACCCAGGGGCAGUCGCCAUCUGGGCUGUCGAAUGCGGCUCGUUGGCUCUGCUUUGAACAUGAAUACGGGCCUGCUCUGCCUGAUGUGCCAACGGGGAUUGAUGUAUAUGGAGAAAACACGGAUGCCAACACUGAUGCCAACGUGGGAUUUGACUGGGCGGAAGAGCUUGCAAACGGAGUCCUUCAGGUGGAUGAGGAUGACUGCAGUGAUGAUGAUGGAAGCACGGGUGAGCCGUACACGUACGAGCUGAUGGACGCCGCCGACUUUCUCGCUGAGGAGUAUGAACGAGAUCUGGAUCUGCAUCGUCGUGGCUUCGUUCGCCGUCAAGGCCACCGUACCAAGGCCAUCCGGAGUGAAGAUCGUGCGGAUCGCCGCGCGCGCCGUCGUCGUUUGGUCCCGGCAUCUCGCUCACUGCCAUUCUUGGCGACGUUUCAGCGCCGCCAUGCUCGCUCCAUUCAGAAGCAGGCUGCUGCCCCCGAUGUGCUGGCAGCAGCGCCAGCACAAGACUGGGCCAAAGGGACAUGCCACUCUCGACCGCGAAACACUGCAAACACUCCAGAAUGGGAUCAGCCAUUGCCUCCAGUUGCCCCAGUCCUUCCCGCAGCUCUGCGAGCCCACGUUCUGCAGGCCAACGCUGCGCGCACGGCCCGCGACAAGCUUCUUCAGGACCUGCAGUAUCGAGACAUUACCCCCGAGGACUAUGAGCUACUAUUAGAACUGGACGAGCAGCUGCCCAAGACAACGGCAGACCCAGCCUUGUUGGCUGGGCUCGUCGUUGUUUCCUUUGCCGCCUUGAGCGAUCACGCCUCGUCAAAGCCGAUUGAUUGUAGCAUUUGCAUGGAGGCAUAUACGGAUAGUAGCGCCGUGGUGGCGCUCCCCGCCUGUCAUCACGUGUAUCACGAGGCCUGUAUUCGAACUUGGCUGGAGGCGUAUGGCGCCAAAUGUCCUCUUGACAACCGUUCCGUUGAGCCUAUGACCAUGGGCGCAGUUUAA